AUUAUAUUUUCUCUAUUUAUCUAGAACGGAUAAACUUGUACAUAUACAAGGAUCGUUUGAGUGCAAUAAGUAAGCAUAAAGAAAAAUUCUUGCUCUCACUGCGAGAUUUCUGUUGUGCUGAAAGUAUUGAUAAAGAGAGCAAGCCGCCAAAGUUGGUUGUAAUUACUGAAUCACAAGCUCUGUCAUUGAGAUUUGAGAAGCAAGAAGAUCGAGAUCAUUGGGUCGAUGCCAUAGUCAGUGAAGGAGGGUUUGGAGAAGGUACAGUGUUAUGUUUUGAAACUCGAGUGUAUUAUACAUCCAGUAGACUUGCUCCAAGUCGACCUCCACUGUAUCUAUUACCUCCACAAAGUUGGGUGUGGAAUUUGGGGUAUGACUAAAGGGAGAGUUACCAACCGGAGAGUUAUCUCGGAAAGUUAUGAUUUCGGAGAGUUAGGUUCAAACCACACCCACUUUCCCCAGCGACCACACCCAAUUUCUUAACUCUCCUGACGUUUCCUUGAACUAACAUGAGAGAGUUAUAUUUGACAUAUAACUCUCUCUCAUCAUUAUGAAGAUGUUAGAGAGAUAUCAUUUUUUAAAACUCUCUGCGUUCACAAUUGUGGCAAUGAUGAUGAGAGUUUUUUGAGAAAACCUUAGUAAAGCCUGUUUCUUCAGCUUUUCAUGCGGAGAGUUAUAAAAAAUGAUAACUCUCUAACAUCUUCAUAAUGUUAACGAGAGAAAGUUAUGUCAAACAUAACUCUCUCAUGUUAGUUCAAGGAAACGUCAGGAGAGUUAAGAAAUUGGGUGUGGUAGUUGGGAAAAGUGGGCGUGGUUCGAACAUAACUCUCCGAAAUCAUAACUCUCCACUUCAUAACUCUCCGUUUAGCCGGUCCCUGGAAUUUGUGCUAUUUCUUGUGUUAAUUAGACUUUCAGAAGUCUAGUAUAUGAAAUAAGGCGUAAAAAAAAUACCUGUGGUUCCGGUUUCAUAUCGCGAAAAAAUUAGGGUCGGUAGGUCGGAAAUAAUUUUUUUUUUUAAUAUUUUUUCAUGGUUUUUUCAAUAAUUGGUGUGACAACAGACGCCAUUUUGGCAGCAGCCCGCAACCACCCGGAGAAAAUAGGGUCGCACGGUCAAUCGCGACAUCGCGUUGAAAAAAUAAUAGGGUCGGCAGGGAAAAAAUAGGGUCGGUCGGGAACCGGAACCACAGGUAUUUUUUUUACGCCUAACCAAACGCGCGAGUGACUUUUUUAUCAGGUUCCCUCUGAUUGGCUGAACAGCUAAUCAACAUAGGGAGCAAAAUUCCUUACUCUUACGUAAAGUAAGUCCUCUAAAAUUCCUUCACCUUUCGAGAAAAGACGAAAGUCUACAAUUCUAUGAACCUGAGGCAUCCCCAUUCGCGCAUUCCGCGUUGAAGAGGGAUUUGGAGAAAGUGUGGAACAAUCAAUGUGGAAACUUUUUCAUGUGAAGUUUCACUAUCAAAAUGUAUGCGAGAUUGAUCCCAAACAGUGCUUGAGCAUAGAUUAAAGUCACUAUGCAGUUCUGGUGGCAUGCACAAACUUUCGUGGAAGCUUUCACUCCGGUGGAGUAUAAGUAAGAUCGCACCAAGCACGCAGUGAAAUUUGGAGCAUCAUCUGACUUGUGUUAACAUAUAAUGAAAUUUAAAUGGUUUGGUAAGGGGAUGUUGAACUGUUAGAUUCCCAGUUAACUGCAUGUGCAUAUAUGGUGCGGUCCUAGCCUCCACUAUGUUUUUUGACCAUGCACGCACACGAGAAUAGACACCCACUGUAGUUUUUGGACGGUCAGUAUUGAUAUCCUGGCAAAUCCAUGAUCUAUAUGCGGUCCUAAAUCGUUCUACUGUAAUUUUUAGAUGUAACGUAUGACGGCAUUCUUCCCAGUAAACAACCGUUGAAAUCUGGUGAAGUUACUCUUCAUAUCUAUCCUAAUUUCUUUACUUUGAUACGCAAACAAAACUUUCGCUGUAUUGGUCGUUGGAAAUUUGAACAAUUAUUUAACUACGGCCCAGUGGACGGUGGCUUCGUGUUCCGUGUUGAAAAUGAAUCGGAUACGAGUGCUGAACCAGAUUCGUUUCUUUUGGUGACGUCUUUAGAGAAGCAAAUUAAUCGAACUUUUGAUACAAUUUACAAAACUGCACAGCAUAUGUAUGGGAGUGCUGGUAAGUACUUAUUUUUAAUUUAUACUACUUGCUUGCAAAUCGUUGUAGCCCGUACCCUUAUCCAUUAAUUUAAACCUGCUAUGAUGAUCUCACUAUAUUCUGAUAUAAUAUAAAAUACCCACAGCUUGACAAAACUGCAGUGUGCGAGAGUCGCGUUACAGCCUGUUUAAUUCAAGAGGAAUCAUCAGGUGGCUGUGAAUAAUGUAUUUUUUUAUGAUAUUAUUAUUGAUUAGUAAUAGAAAUGAUUAGCAUAUGGCAUUAUUGAAUAUUGAUGUUUUUGGUCGACGAGGCAAGCGGAUAUUUCUGAUGUACCGGGUGGCGCAAAAAAAUGUUCCUCCUCUUUGAUUUAUUGUAUUUAAAAAACUAAAGAAGCCAUCUUAUUCAAAUAAAGUUUAUUGAACGCAGUAAUGUCUACAGUAACUUAAAUUUUGAUGUAUACCUUAAACAUUUCUAUAGAAUUAAGAAUAUUAGCCGAGAUAUAGGCGUUUAAACUCAAGGUAGCAUUUUUGGAAGAAGCGAAAAUUGGCCAUUUUACUACCAUAAGGCCAAAUAAAAAAAAAAAAUGGUUAGCGUCACCGCCCGCCUCUCGAUUUCUGCCGCCUCUGAAUUUUUAAAAAAAUUUUUUCGCGCGAUAGGAGCGCGUGGGCUUGGGUAUACAAGGUUCUUAUAGCAAAAUGGCGGCCUUCGCAACAUCAGUACAAAAAAUAUCACCGAUAUGGAGGAAAAACCGCCCCCAUCCCCUCCAACAAAUACUAUUAAAAAAAUAAAAAACGAGUAAAUUUGUGAGAGUGUGACGCUAACCAAGUAUUUUUUUAUUUGGCCUAAUGCAAAUUAAUAGACCAUUUUAGGCCAUUUUUUGUUUACCUUGAGUGUAAACGCCUAUAUCUUGGCUAAUAUUUUAUAGAAAUGUACAAGGCUUACAUCUUAAGUUAGACAUAACUACGUUCAAUAAAUUUUAUUUGUAUAAGAUAGAUUUUUCAGUUUUUUUAAUUACAACGAGUCAUAUAGAGGGGGAACAUUUUUGCGCCACCCGGUAUAUAUGUAGUAUAUUAAUUAAAGACACACAAUAUGUUUUAUUAAAUGUAAAUUGCAUGUAGUAGAGUGCAGAACCGUAGCCAAGCCCAAGGGCAAGGGUGCGAACUGCGACAUUUGUCGCACCAAUAUUUUCACAGUUUUUGACUUACACCAAGUACCAUCGUACUCCACUCGUUUCUAUAUGUCUUUUGAAUUCGGACAUUUGGCGCCGGCUAAUUCCAACCAGUGUUUAUACGCGAAUUUUAAUACAUAUUAUCAGACAGGUUUUUUAUUAUCAGACAGAAAUGCCGUACGAGGUCAUACGCUCUGUAGUAAAGUCCUGCUAUGAGUAGCGUAUAAACCUGCAUACGUCUGCAUAUCGCCGUAUAUCCAUGCGUAUGCCGCCAUAUGCCACCCUGCUUGAAGCGCAUGCCAGCGUAUAUCAGCGUAUACCAACGUAUGAUUGAUAUUUUCCAUACGCUACAUGGCAUACGCUAGUACGAUACGCAAUAGUGUGACAGGCCCAUAAGUUGACGUACGUUUAAUCGAUGUUGACGUACGAUUUUGUAUACUAUACUAUACUAUACUAUACUAUACUACCAGUUUUCAUAUAAAAUUCCCGUAUAAAAAUGCGUUUGAAAUGCUGGAUUUAUACGACGUAAACAAAGAUGUCGGUCCAGGAUUCAGGCAGUGAACUCGAUGUUUCUAGAUCAAGUUUCAUGUUUGAUUGUUAUAAAUAUAUGGAUAUUUCAGAAUCAGGGUUAGAGCCAUAGUCGAUAGAGGCAAAUGUUUGUUCAUUGUCUGAAGGCAAACAGAAAGGGAUAAGGGUCAGGCAGCUCUGCUGUAUGAAGUGUACGCGAUCGUACUUGACUGACUUUGUAUUUCCUCGCGUCUGUUCCUUCUAUUUACUUUUAUUCAUCUAUAUCAAUAAACCCAUGAUAAUGUCGGGCAAUUUCGAUCAACGUCGGGCAAUUAUUUUGUGUCCGCCGCCUAUGAUCGGAAAAUUGCGAAAUUCAUCAUGACGAUAUUGGGUUUGCAAUUUCCAACAUUAAUAUCAUAGAUCUUUCCCAAAAUAGAUGUAGGUUUUCAUUGCGUAGUUCCUCCCACGGUCUGGAAACCCUUCAUGCAUAGAUCAGCUGAUGCCGGUAAAAAACUUAUAACACAAGUGAUAAGUGUUCUUUUAAUGAAAUGUAACACAAUGCAUUAAUAAAUUAUAUAUGAUGCAGACAUGCAGUAAUAAAUUAUGGAUAAUCAGAUGCGGUUUAAUCGUCGACAUCGAUUUGUCCUAUAUUUUCCUGAGGCAGAUUGUUCAAGACUGGAUUAGCGCUAACCCUGGGUUUAAAUUUAACCUGCUGAUUUAGUUUAUGUAUUUCUGCACGUCUGUUUAUUUCAAAACUUCAGAACAGAAACCUCUACUGACCCAUACAAGAUUCUUGAAGAAAUAUUGCCAAAUUUAUAAAGUAACAAGCUGUUGGCGAAGUUUGCUUUGAAUUUUAGGCACAACCGAACAUCAUGACACGGCUUUCGAACAACUGGCCCGUGAAGGUGAAAUUAAACAGCUUUUUCCCCCAAUAAGAAAUUUAUUGCACCAAAAUAACAAUAAUAAUAAUAAUUUAUUUUAACUAGAAAUGUCGCAACAUGAAUUGCAUUAUCGGUGAGCAUUAUUAGUAUCAAUUACUUUCGUUUUAGAAAAAUGUACCCAGAAUAGAUUGUGAUAUUUUUAAAUCCUCUAUUGACUACACUCUGACGUCAGAAGUCUAAAUUUGUAAUAAGUGUCCUUUGUCCAUUUGUCUGCUUUCCCAAAAAUAUCCCGAAUUUAAUUCCGUGGGAGGAUAAUAUACACGCGAUGAGGACUAAUAUGACGUCAUAGCGCGAUUCACGUAAUUUGUGUUUAUUUUAUAACGGAAGCGUUUAUACUUUAACGUGUUCUGUCUCACAUCGAAACUUGGCUGUCAGGAUAGUUUUAUUUAGAGGAUAUUUCAGCAUUUUGGAAACAAUCCAACAUGAGUGGGAGAAAUUCCUGCCGGCUGUGCAUGUGUGGAAGUGAGUAUAGUAGUGAAUAUAUAACCAAUUUUGGAAGAAUCUUUAUUUUCAUCGCUUUAGUUUAUAGUUAAUAUUAAUGUCGUAGUGGAUUUUGAGUCGCUUUGUCCAUAUUCAUGUAUAGGUAUUGAAUUGACGAAAUGAUUGGCUGUAUAUUUUGUCUUAAUUUCAGUAUGUUUGUAAGCAAAAUAAGCAAUUAAUAUAACGGCCCUACAAAGAUUUCUGGUUCGAAGCCUUUUCAGGGGGAUCUUCAUUUUGUUUGCUGAUACACUACCUGAAAAGUAUAAAAAGAAUCUCGCAUGUGCUUUUACAGUGAAAACGAUCACGUGAUCGGUAAACCAAUCAGAUGGAUUUAGUAAAACAAAAAGUUAAAUCACAUUGUCCUCUUUGUGUCAACUUUGGUAGCAUUGAGAGCCGCAAAAUUAAAGACAUUUUUGCAUCUCAUUUCCAAACUUGACACCGUUUACUCCCAUGGUAUUAAUGAGCGUUUUUCCCAUGUUUAGCCGAAUCUGUCUAUGCUUGACACUGACAGUUCUUCUCUUUCUCACCUUACUGCAUAUUUGUUCUCAUAUAUUCCAUGUAUAUUGAUGUCUAGCUUCCACAUAUAGUAAUAUAUUCUGCAAUGUUCUUUACAUUUUAUGUUUACACUUUGUUUUCACUAAAUCCAUUUGAUAGGUUCAUCUUUAUCACGUGAUCGCUUUUCUAUUCACAAUUUCCGCAGACGGAACGGCCUUCGCUCGAAACGGCGAUUUUCUUUUUAUAUUUUUCAGGAAGUUGUAUCCUUUACAAAAGUUCGCAUUGUAUUCUUCGCUACCUAUUAUAUACUACCACCCACCGUUCGGGAGUAUUAUUAGCAACAAGUAUUAUUUUGCAACAUUAAUAUGUCUUGAACUCUCCAAUUGUAUUGGGUGAAAUGCCCCAACAAGAUUUUAUUUACUAUAUUAGUAUAUCCAGUCCUCUACUAGAACUUUUGGCUUGCUCUGCACUGUAGUGGGAAGCUGGAACGGGAUUACAAUUUCUUGUAGGCACGUGUACCAAUUCGAGCGGAAUUCAUGAUUUGCACUCACUGAUCACGGAAAUUGUGUUAACAUGCAUGCAUGAACAUAAAUAUAAAAAAUAUUUGCGGGAUCUGCCAUGAUUUGAUGCAGUAGUCAAACAAUCGCUCACUGGAAAUUAUGAUAUAUCUCACUCGAGAGCAUUUUCUCUUUCCAAACUCUAAACCUUGCUUAGACCUUAAAAGUGCAAAAAGUGCAAUGGGUACGCUCUCCAUUGUAAAUCUUGGCUGCAUGUACAAGGAUUAUGAAGACGAUUGAGUAUUCAGUGCCCUUUUCGCGCUUAGAGUUUAAGGUUAAAAGUUUAUUAAGGUUUAGAGUUUUGAAGGACAAUAUAUAUGUUUUGGUAGAAUAUAUUAUAGAACAUAUCACAGAAUAUAUUACAUCACAAUGAUAUAUUAUUUGCACUGAUGAAUAUCCGGGCUUACGGAUUGUAUGCUUUGCAAUAAUAAAUAUACAUGGUGUUUCCUCAAGCCAAAACGUAUUUUAUAUUAUCAGUUCUAGCUCUUUGGUAAUGGUCGCCAUGGAAACCUUCGUCAAACUGAAAUGCAUGAUAAAUGUCAAUGCUUGUUGCAGCCACUGGUGUGGCCAAGCACAUGCCAAGGAAAAAGCGAAAUAAGAGAUUCAGUAAAAAUGUAAAUUAUGAAAGUUAUGUGACAAGCUCAAUAUUCAUGCAUUUUUAUCUUCGAUUUGCCUUGUUUUAUGAAUUAUGCUAAACAGGUCACGUUUCCAUUAGUAUUGUAUGCACGCACUUACUACUUUCUUUAAACCGUCAGUUCAUUUAGCUGUCAUCCGCAUGCUGCAUGUCAAUUUUGAAACUACAAUCAUCGCUUCACGUUCAAUUAUUGCGGUUUUUGCAUGGAAUUUUAUUGUUUUCGACCUAGUGUAUAUCGACUAAGGUCCAAACAUUUUAUGGAGAUUAUUCGGUCAAAUACACCAUAUGGCGUUUUAGUUAUGCACGAGGCAUACCUAAGUCAAGAGACACUUUACGUAAGCAUGACUGGGUCCGUAAAGGGACUGGCUCGCUUCUUGCAUGAAUUUACGGUUACAACUAUAUUGAAAACGCACAAAAUAAAAUUGAAAUGCAUCUCGGUGAAGUUGAAGGUCAUACUUGCCUUAAAUAUACUUCAAAUCGUCUGUUGUAACCAAGAGAAUAUUUUCGUGACAAGAUUAUCUCUGUUUACGGGCUCGUGUAUAAACAACCUGAGUACUAUAUAUAUAUAUUAUGAUAAAAAUAUCUCUCUUGUAAUACAUUUUUCUCCAUCCCGCACGUAAAUAACAUUUUUUAAAGAAUUGUAAUAAACUCAGUGGCGUAUCCGCGUAUGGGGAUGUAUAAUGUUCAGAGGGGCUCCGUUGUUUGCCUAGUUCGGUUACAAUAUUGCGGGAACAAACCGUGCCUGCUCAAAGGAAGAUGUUAAAGUUAGUUAUUAGUCAAUUAGAUCAUUUUCCUGAUCGAAUAAGAUUUUUUGUGUGUUUUUUUUUAUGGUUCCAACAGAGGAAUUGCAAUCGUUAAGAGUCUUGCUGCGAACUUGCUGCAGGACAGGUCGUUGUGGUAUUGAUACUGCAGGAGGAAUAUUCGAUCGAUUUAGUAUACCAGGAAAAUAUUCGUCUUCUUUAAUUAAAAUCAAGCUUGGCGACUAUUUUAAGUAAAAUAUACAAUGACCGUGGCGAAGCCCUGAUAGUGAAACUAGAAACGAUACAAUUAUGGCUUAAUUAUAGACACAUUUGCAAUAUAGUGCAUGGUUUUGCCCUGUUGCGAUAAUUUACGAGUUAUGAGAUAACUAAGAUAAUUUGUCUUGUUUGCUAUUUUUUGGUCACGUCCCAAAUUUGACUAUACUUAUUAAGUCAAAGUAAGUCUCCUCCUCUUGACAAACAGUACCGCUUUAUUUACUGAUAUUGAAAUGCACAAGUGAUAAAGUGUUGUUAUUGGCUAUUCGUUUUGAUCGCAGCCUUUGAUUGGUAAUCGAACUAAACUAUAUAAGUUGUUGUUUCUAUAUUUGGUUAUCUCGUAAGUAAAUUUACGUCGAGAUUCGGCAGCAAAUUUCCAUUUCUGUCUGAUUGACGUCGGCCAAUACACUUAUUUGCGUACAAUAGGCCAUUUUCCCAUGCCAUUAUAAGUAUGUGUUUGAGCAUAUGUACUAACAUUGCACGUUCUUCGACUUCGUGUACAAGAGACUAUGGGAUUUUGUUCAUUUUUAUGCCGUGCAACUUCAGGUAGAAUCCGUAGUUAUAUAGUGAAUAUUGCUUGUUUUGCAUAAAGCUAACGCAAGUUUUGUUUUACAGAAGGGCUGCAAAGACCUGCAAAGUUAAAUUCACCAAAAGCGCCAAGACCCCGAUCAAUGAGUGAACCUUCUGGCUUUAAACGUUUCAUGCAAAGACUGAGUAUUCGUCGGAAAAGCAGAAGACCGAAAUCUCCCAAAUGGCAGGAGAAAGCCAGUCAUCCGGCGGAAAUUGAAAGUAGUAGCUCUGCAGGCUCUCCGGAGAAAAAGACUAACUUCGGCGGAGGAAGCUUGCAACAUGCAUCUGCAAAGAACGGUGCUGCGAAAGGUUCGGAGAAUCAUCUUAGUCCAGAAUCACUUAACGAAAGAAAAUCUCAAGGCAGUGCGACGUCGUCAUCUGCCGGUGUUUCACCGUCUGCAUCUGAUGGAGUUUUAUCUAGCCAUGAACAAGUAGAUACUGGAGACAGUACUUCUGAAGAUAUGAGGAGAGUGAAUGGAGUAAACCACCCUGAGAAUGCUAGCAAAGACAAUGCCGGUGAACAUGAGUGUGAAAUUGAUGCAGGGAAGGGUGUUUGUAAAGAUCACGGUGAUAUGAAAGGUUCGUUAUCCGUCCCUGGCGCUGACACCCAGAACGAUGUGGACGCGACAAUCUGGCAACGGAGGAGUGCCUUGUUUCUAAACACAGACGACAUGAUUCGUGAAGGACUCAUCAAAACAAAACAAUCCGAUCGACGCGCGAGUGAUCCCCCAACACGUAAUGGUGAAGGGAAUAACAACUCUGGGUCAGUAGCAUCCCCCGAGGCAAGAUCUUUCGAAGGCGCCGGAAUACAAGCACGUAGAAACACAAGUGGCAGCCGCGGGAAACGACCUAUGUUAACUAUAGAAAUCACGCCAAGCGGCAGUGAACCGUCUUUAAAUCAAUAUGUGAAUGUACCUGAAAAACCAAGGGCGAAGCAGGUAGCUAGACUUCAACCUGGUGAAUGGGAUAGAUACGACAGUGAGGAAAAUGUUUAUCAUCAUCUGGAUAAAGUAAUCGGACAACCAGGAUACCAAAAUCUACCAGGAUCAGAGAAAACUAUGAGCUCAACAUCGUUGAAUAAUUCCUACCAAAAUCUCGCUGCUCGACUGCCAAACGCUCAUUCGUAUGAGAAUGUAGUUGGAGCACGUAAUGAGAUACAUUAUAUUAACGUCGAGGCAAAACAACAACAAGCAGUGAACUAUAUUAAGGUUUCUGGUUCCGGACCACCGACUCCAAUUCAAAAGAACCCAUCCUUCAGUUCGAGAAAAGGAAAUCCUGAUUAUACCGAAAUUGACUUUGUUAAAACUAGAAGACUAGGAGAGAUGUCGCGUGAAGCGAAGAAAGAGAGGGUGGAAAGAGUGAAAAAGACUUAAAUUUUUGAACGUCCACAGAGGGUAAAACCUUUUUGGUUUUGCAAUUGUGUAUAUUUAUUUAGCUAUGGGUCUGAAACGUCUAACUAUUUUAAUAUUUUAUCUAAAACUUUAGCCACUAGAUUGAGAUUUAUCUAGUAAGAUGCAUGAGGCUUUAUCGUGGUACGGAAUCAUGGGAAAACAAUGAUAAAGGCGCAUGGUAGCAGGCUUGUAAUUGUAGCAGCUGCACCUAUUUUGUACAACAAUAACAAUGACUAGAAAAAUAACGAACAAACGGGGACUACCAUUUAGUAGAGCGCUGCUUGGUGGUAGCUAAUUUUAACUGGGUUGCAUUUUAUGCGUUUUAUGACAUUAUCAUACGAUAAACAUCGCUUUGAAUAAACAUUAUACAUAUUUAUUUAUGUAGAGCACUUGUUGCUUCCUUACGUAAAAAAGAGGUGUGCCCCUGGGUCCCAUACUGUGUGUCUGAAUCGUUUCCCCUGGUUUUAUAGUAAGUAGGCUGCGUAGUUAAAGUAAAGGUAUACAUAACGAGUUUGUUAGAACGAAAUGCAACGGUAAGGCAAAAUUUUUGUAGAAACCUUGCUUUACUAUGAACUUGGAACUGUUAGACAGUCUCGUAUAUAUAAAAUAAAAUGAACAGGUAAUAAUAGUUCAUUUUGGGGAAUAACUCUUUUUUAUGUUAGAAUUGUUUAGGUUUUUUAACAAUUACUUAAGCUGCAGUGUGCAUAUUUAGUGGCAAUUAUUUUUACUGUAGAAAUAAUGUAAAAUAUAUUGUGCCUUGUGGAAAGUAUUUCCAUUCUUUGUACAAUAGUAUUGUGAACAAACAUUUGUGCUGGUCAUAGAUUGCAUUGUUCAACAUGUCAAUACUAUAGAAUCAGGACUUUUUUAAAAAAUAAUUACAGUAAUGAUGUAACUUGUUUUUAAUGAAAAUAAAGUGUACUUCUUUGGUGUUCAA